CCGUUAUUAUUAGUUUAGGUUUCAAACUACAUUGUGUUGAAAUUGAUACAGUAACACUUAAAUUAAGAACGACUAGCAAGGUAUGUAGCCUACAACCCACAUUUAUGAAAUAGAUUUAAGUCUACUUUGGCUACUCAAAAAAGAUGAAAACUCCCAGGCAAAUAAAAGCCAUAACUUCACAGCUAGAGGUUUUAGAAGAGUUAAAGGAACAGUUAGAAUCUCUUAUUACAGAUAUAAACACAGUGACUUCCAAAGGAAAGUCAUGGAUUAAUGAUUCAGACAGCCAAAAUUUUUUAGAGAUGAAUCAAUACUUAAUUAAUGAAACAUCCAGAUGUUUACGACGAUGUUAUGAUCUCACUAAUGAUGACUGCGGCCUAAAUUCUGAUACACCGGAAAGUUUUGAUCAAGCGGAAAACGUUAAUAGAUCUAAAGAUGACAAGAGAUAUCAAAGCUUAGCUGACAUGGUGAAUAAAAUAAAUUCAACGCUUGUUAAGCAUUCCAGAAAAAUGAAAAAGCUGCAACAAAAUUCGUCGGAACAAGAAACAAGAAUCGAGUCGACAUGCGAAAAGAUAAAAGAAAAUGAUUCCAAAUUUGAAGAGCUCCAUAACGAACUACAAGGAGCCAGUCAAUUUAUGACACGUCUAGAAAUUCAGAGCACAAAGCUGUUUGACAAAGUAAAGGAAAACAAAGAACAAAUAGAAACUUUACUUCAUCUACCACAAGAACUAGCGGACCAGAAAGAAAGCUUAACGUCUUUACUAAAAACCAAUGAGUCUCAAGAUAAAAGUCAAGUAGUCAAAAUGGAAGAGUUUAUUCAGGGACACGUAUCAAAUAGUCACGCACUUAACACAAAGUAUGACCAUUUGUCAAACUUAGUAAAAGCCAAUGAUGAGGAGCUAAGCCAGAUAAAAAAGUAUAUUACCUCUGAGUCUCUUUCAGACAUAAAGAAAAAACUUGAGGAAAAUGAUGAAUAUUUAAAACGCAUCGAAAUAAACCAAAGAAAAUUUAGUGACGGCAACAGAAAGAUUGCUGAGGACAUUGAAGCUAAAAUUCAAGCCAAUACUGAAAUAACCUCUAUCUUGGAAGUCAAAUUUCAAUCUUUGGAGACACAAUUAAGCAAUGCAAAUGGUGAAUUCAGCAAAAGUAAAGAUGUAAUAGAAUCUUUGAAGUCUAGGGUCGAAAUAAUUAAAGAUCAGCUUUCUACGUGUAAAUCUAACAUAAAAAAGUUGGAUACCAAAAUAACAGCUGCUGAAAGUGAGAUUGUUUCGCAAUCAAGACGCCGUGCAAGUUCACGAGAUGUCAUGGCAGCCUGUAGAAUACAGCUUAACUGCUCUGAAGAGAUGAAUUUUAAGAAAGAUACCAUACUUAAGUGUUUUAAAAAAUGUCUACUUAACAUUGGCCAAUGCUACGACAAAGACGCAGGAACAUUCACAGCACCUUGUGCAGGAUUGUAUCUGUGUAGUUUAAUGAUUGAGAGUGAGAAUGGCAUGGAGAAAGAGUUUAGUAUUUACUCCUCUGAUAGAUCUGACAAUGAAACAGCUAGAGGCAGAACUCAUACAAACAGCAGUUCUGCUGUAGCCUGUCUUGUUACUGUCUUUGAUUUGAAUCAAGGGGACGAAGUCUAUGUAAAGUCAUUAGAUGAAAUAAGAAAUAUAAAACUAAGCAACUACUCGUAUUUCGUGUGCGUUUUGUUACAGAAAAAAUAAUAAGAUUUAUCAAGGGAAUUAUGUUUUUCUUUUAUUAAGUAUGCAAAACUUUUAUCAACUCUGUCUGUGUGAAACCUUUUACACGUUCUUUUUCACACUUCCUAUUUUCGAAUUCAGUUGAAACUGCCACAAUUAUUUAUCGACACUGGAAAUACGUGAAUCCGUUGUCGGAUUGUUAAUUUGCUAAUCGACUCCCUUCAUCCCAGGAGCACUACAGCCCAUAGAGGGUCCUGGCGUGCUUCAAAAUUCAAAAUAAUUUUUUUUUCCAUUUCAUCAUGGGCUUUACGUCUUCAUGUCCAAACUCUUAGCUUUGUGUAGCUUUGCAUUACAUCAGCAAACCGAGGUAUUCUUGAUCCGUCCUUAGGUGCCUGCCUUUUGAUUGGUGCAGAUCAUUUUCGCUCCACUGUUCUCUGACAACCCUUCAAGUUGACCUGCCCGACUUAAUCUGCUCUUUAUUACUUCCGUCUGUGUGAAGGGGUCUGCAUAUAACUGGUGUUCGGAUUCAUCUUAAAUGACACUAUAUAUUGUUCUGAGAAUGUUCCUUUCUCAUGUAUUUAACAUAUUUUCUGUGAUUUUUUUGUCAGCAUACAUGGCUGCUAGUCAUAUUUGUUUAUCUAGAUAUAUAUAUUUGCUUUUAAGUAUGUGUUGUGUUUUAGAGAAAGUUGUUUUCUCGUCGCUAGUCGUUCCAUUAUUUUUUAUUUUAUUUUUACAAUACCUCUAUUCAAGUCAUAACUUCGUGGAACCUGGGUCUAGGCACCUGCAUCCACUAGGAAACUGGAUCCAGGAACCUGAACAGCUGAUCUCAAAAAAGAUUUUCUAGCAACAGUUGAUGAAUAUCGCUGAGAAAAUAAUUAGGCCUACUAAGUCAUUGGCCACACUGGAAAAACUCUAGUUUGACCGUUAUAAUUUUAAAAAAAAAAAAAAAUUAAUUUUAAAUUUGGCUAGAGAACUAGGUCUAGAUCUAGAUACAACGAUUGGUUUUGAAAGGACUAUCGCGUACUUAAAUGUAAGGCUAUUAUUGAUGCAUAUUUAAAGUUCAGGAAAAUUUUGUGCAUCGUCAUCUAAGUCAAGAUCUAAAGGCCUAUCAUUGCAAUAUUAUAAAGUGUAGUAGGUCUAUACAUUCGCUUAACCAGGAUUCUUUGGGGGGGGGGGGGUAAAAAAGUUCAAAGUUUUUUUAAUUGAACAUUUAAUUAGAUAUACGAAAAAAUUGCUCCAUAAGUUGCAUAUAGGAGUUAUAUGAUCUUUACAAAACGAGUAUAUUGAAUGUUUUUCUUGUUAAUUUUUUUUUACUAGCUGAUUCAGCAUAUUAAAAGAAUUUCUUAAAUUGUAAUGUUUGGUUUUUUUUUGCUAUGAAUUUUUAAUAGAAUAAAUGAAUUAUAAAAUAAAUGCCUUCUGAUAUAUCGUUGAAUGAGAGUAUGCAUGCUUCGUUUAGGCCAGAUUUGGGAAUGAAAUUCUGUUUUCUAAGGAUGCUUUGCAAGGAUG